UGUUGCUAAGUCCCCGCAAUAAUGCCGAAUCUCAAUGCAGUAAGCUGAAGCUGAAAAUAGAUCAUCAGACUACUAGGUACUUCGCCUGCAGCAAAACCACAACAUGUUCUGGGCUAUUAAGUCAUUACAGAGGUUGUCUUUGUAGAUGUGGAAGUUCCAUGGAUUGGGAAGUAUUGAUAGAAGAAGGAGAGUCGAAAACGCAUUCUUUUAGUGAUAAAGAUGGAGGUGUAUUUGUAAAAGGGUUGAGCAGAUUCAUAAUUAGUGAUGAUUUACAAGUGAUGCCCCUGACCACUUCAGCAAGCUUCUCUUUGUUUUCUAAGCUUGGAAUCAUGGAUUGGAGUGGCAUUGAGAAGAACAUUUUCAAUCUAGGGGUUGGUGAGGUUCUGAAUUUGCUGGUGCGCUCAUUAGUAUCAAAAACGCCAUUGACAGAAACUCUUCUGAAGCAUAAACCAGUGACCGAGUUAAACGCAGGAAAUUUUGAUCAAGGUAAACCUGUUGAAUACCAAAUGGAAGAUGAGAAGAAUAUUCGAGAUGGAAAGAUUACUAUCAAGCUUAUGGUGAGCAAAUCUAAAAAGAAAGUUUGGUAUGCAGAAGCGAAGAAAGACUUUGUUAAUUUGCUCUUCAGUUUCCUGACCAUUCCACUUGGACAUUUUAUAAAACAGAAAUGUAGCACUUCUUUGAAUGGAUGCAUAGAUCACUUGUACAAGAGUAUACAAAAUCUUGAUGAGAAAUGCUUGAAGUCCAAUUACCACAAGGAAAUGCUAGUCAGUCCCAAGCUUCCUUCUAGUAUUGGUUAUGAGAAUGAUUUAUUAGGAAUUGAGGAAGCCUCACAACCUCCAUAUUACUAUGCGUACAAAAGCAAUCGUUCAUAUUUUACCAGUGACAAAAGUCUUAUUCCUUCUGGUAAUGAUACAAAGAUAACCGAAUUGAAAGUUGUGGAUCCAAAAUUUCAUGACAAAGAUGGUGGAGGAUUUAUAACAGGACAGGCAAUUUUCACAGUGACAGAUAGUCUGAUAAUAAGCUUAGGCCUCUCCAUUCUCAAUGACUUGAAGGUACCUUUUAAUGACAUUGAGGAGCAAACUGUGGUUGUGGGCAAGAAGGAGGCUUUGAAUCUUUUACAAACUUGUUUUGAGUCGGAAUCAGCUCUGACCAAUACCUUCAGUAGAGAUCUAAAGCGAGCAAAUGAGGAAACCAAGGAUAAUAUGUAUCAAAAGAUAGAAAAGAAAGAGGAUGCAUUAUGUGAUAGACUACAAGCUGUUACUAUUGAUAAACAAAAGAGCAAUACAAUAACCCUUGUUGAUGAGCAACCAAAACAGAGUGAUAAGGAUGCUACUGAAUAAGCAACCGAACUAGAAGAGCUUUAUCUCCAAUAAUAGUUAUUUGUGAGACCUUUGAUAAGUGUUGUUAUAGUUAUCUUAUAAUUACUUUUAUAUAUAUAUAUAUAUGAAUUAUUGACAGAAUGUAAAACAAAAAGAGACAGCUUUAUUGAAUAUA